AUGCUCCUCGCCCUCUCAACUUCAACUGCUUUGCGCUCUACGAGAGCAUCCGCAUGGACAUCAGCACCGCCGCAGUCGUCCUCAACAACUGCCUGUAGGCACUCAAUUGUCAACACGAUCACUUUCUUCAGUCAUGCUCCGAUGAGCUUCUCAUAUGGCGUCAAAAACACUGCUGCAUGCGCUGAUCGCUGUGCGGAAUUAGUUCAGUGCCAAGCAUGGCUGUACUCUACUUCUGGACAAGAAUGUCAUUUGUAUCGCGACCAACCUGUCUUCCACUCGUCGAACCCACUCUUCGUCUCUGGAUUCUGUGUGGUAGAAAAAGAAGGAGCAGAAGCAGAAGAAGCACGUGAGACAAAGAAGUCUGUCUUCCCUCAUACCAGCAUCUAUCCUUCAUCUUCUCCUACUCCAUCUUCAGUUCGGCUCUCAUCCGUGCAUACUCUACAUCAAUAUACGAACUUCGAAAGUGACGCUACUACUACACCAUUGGCGGCUCAAGCCUCUCAUGUACACCGUCGCCACGCCCACCACAACCACUAA